AUGGGUUGUAAUUCAAGUAGUGAAGCAAAGCAAAGCGAUAAAAUCGAUAGAACUUUAUAUGAUGAAAAGAAAAGUCAAGAAAGAGAAAUUAAAUUAUUAUUAUUAGGUAGUGGUGAUUCUGGUAAAAGUACCAUUGCCAAACAAAUGCGUUACAUUCAUACAAAAGGUUUCUCAAAUGAAGAAAUUGCAACAUUUGUUGAAAUUAUGCAUAGUAAUGUUUUAUCAUCAAUUCAAAUUUUAAUCCGUAAUGUUCCAGUUGAACAAUUAGGUAGUGAUUUAAAAGAUAAAGCAAAUUAUUAUUCAAGUAUUAAUCCAUAUGAAUUACCAUUAACACCGGAUAUUGGUUUAGAAAUUGAUAGAUUAUGGAAGAAUGAAGCAAUUCAAAAAUUAUUUAGCACAAAUAGAGCAGAAUUGAAUUUACCAGAAGUAACAGCUUAUUGUUUAGAUCAAGUUGAACGUAUUAGUUCAGAAACAUAUACACCAACUCAAGAAGAUGUUCUUAGAUGUCGUCAACGUACUACAGGUAUGAAAGAAACUCAAUUCAAUGUUGAGGAUAUUAAAUUCCGUUUAAUCGAUGUUGGUGGUCAAAAGAAUGAACGUAGAAAAUGGAUGCAUUAUUUCGAAGAUGUUAAAUCAAUUAUAUUUUGCGUUGCACUUGGUGAUUAUGAUAUGAACCUCGUAGAAGAUGAAACUAUAAAUAGAAUGGAAGAUUCUUUAAAACUUUGGAAUGAUAUCGUAAAUAAUCCAUUUUUCAAAAAUACUUCAUUUGUUCUUUUCUUAAACAAAAAUGAUAUUUUUAGAGAAAAAAUUAAAAAGAUACCAUUAGUUGAUUAUUUCCCAGAUUACCAAGGUGGUUAUAAUUAUGAAAAAGGUAUUGAAUAUAUUCGUAAUAAAUUCUUCUCAUCCGUUCCAACAGCUACUACAAUUGUUGCACAUGUUACUACUGCCACUGAUACUGAAAAUAUCACAAUUGUAUUUGACGCAGUUAGAAGAAAUAUUAUUCAAUCUAUCUUAAAACUUCACUAUUAA